CCUUCCGUCAUCAAACAGUCAAUUGUCACAACAAGCCGUUCAUCCGUAGUGAAGAUGGAAAAAGAGAAUCAACCGGAACCUCAAAAUGUCCAGAUCAAAAAGGAGUUUAAACUUCGCUCGUCACUAAAAAGAUCAGUUCGAAAUAUUUCUGAGCUCAAAGAUGACUCGAUGGAAUCUCCAGAUGAAACUGUCGGUGGAUUGCGGCGACGGGUCAGUUUUGCUGCCAGCAGUACAGUGAAGCCUUUUGUAAACGAUCCGGUGCAAAAUACCAUUUGGGAUAAUACUUAUGAAGAAAUAGUUGAUCACACAGAUUCCAAUAAUACGUUAUCAACAGCAUCUUCAGUGAUAGGCACUGUGCAAAGCAGCAAGGAGAUUAAAAUCGUCGUGUCCUGUCAAGAAACUGAUGAAACGUUGAAAAAUCCGAACGACCAAGGCAAAAAAAGGAAAUGCGUAAUGUCGAAAACCAUAACAGAGGUUGUUGACAUGAAUUAUACUUGUCAGCAACAUAAAGUUAAUUUGCAAGUAACUGACACCAACAAAACAGUUAUUGGAUCAAAUAUAAAUCGGACAAUAUAUCCGGAUAUAGGCAUGGAUUUUACUUGUGUUUUCCCUGAGAAGCAAGAUGCGAAUUUCGAAACUAGGGCGAAUAUGAAGGAGAAAUCUGUGAACACAGAUAUGGAAUUUACUUGUCUCUUUCCUGCACAAGAAGAAGUCAAUUCUACAUCUAAUAUAAAAGAGCAGAGUAAAUUCCUGAACGAAGACAUGAGUUUAACUUGUGUUUUUCCUGGCAACAAGGAGCUGAAUAUUGAUAAUAGUGGAGACGGAAUGACUACACAUCCAAACGCAGAUAUGAGUUUAACUUGUGUUUUUCCUGGCAACAAGGAGCUGAAUAUUGAUAAUAGUGGAGACGGAAUGACUACACAUCCAAACGCAGACAUGAGUUUAACUUGUGUUUUUCCUGGCAACAAGGAGCUGAAUAUUGAUAAUAGUGGAGACGGAAUGACUACACAUCCAAACGUAGACAUGAGUUUAACUUGUGUUUUUCCUGGCAACAAGGAGCUGAAUAUUGAUAAUAGUGGAGACGGAAUGACUACACAUCCAAACGCAGACAUGAGUUUAACUUGUGUUUUUCCUGCCAGCACAUUGGUGAACACUGAAAACAAUGCCAAGCAGACAACAAAUAUUAGCAAAAAUAUGAGUUUACCAUGUGUUAUUCGCAGCGGAGACGUAACUACUCAAAAUCUAAGCUCUAACAGGAAUUUAGUUUGUGUUUCUACUAACACAGAACAUCAUGUUUCAAAAGACGAUAGUAUAGAAAAGAUGUGUAGCAUAGUUACAAAUGAGAAACUAAUCGCAGACGAAAGUAAUUUAAGUAUAUUGGAAGAAGGUUUCAGUUUGGGGUCCAUUAUUCUGCAGCAAGACGCUUCGAGGGGCUCUAAAACAACUUCAGCCCUGCUAUAUUUUUCUGAUGGAUUUGGUUCCACUCAAAAACCUUCCUUUUUCAGUAAUACCAGUAUAUACAAUACCCAUCAAUUGCUAGAAAGUAGAUCAUUUCACGUUAGUGAUAUAUCUGUUGAAAAACCAAUGAAUAAAUCUGCAGAUCUAAUAUCAAUUAAUAAAUGUUUGGAAUCUUCCAUUGGGUCAAAUAAGGAUGCUAAUAGAAUUUUGAAUAACGUAGAAAUGAAGAUUUAUCACCCAUCGAGAUUUACUGCAAUCACAAUGCAAAAAUGUAAAGAUACCCUUAACUACGCAAAAGAUGUAUGUGAUAAAUUUAGAGCAUAUCUUAGAGAAUUCGUACCUACUAAGCACCAUGUAUCCAAAUUAGAAAAGAAUGUUAAAAGAUUGUCUUUGCUACGUGCAUCUUCCGCAAGCAGUGUUUCAUUAAGUAAUGAGAGUGAUGAAGACCUUCAAGAUGCAGAAAUGGAUAAUGAAUUAGUCGUUGUAAGCAAACAUCAGCAAAUCAUGGAAGUAUUUCAGAACACAGAUGUUAUAUAUCUGAAACUCAUUUCGUUUCAAGAUAAUGGCUACACAUUCUCCACCUAUUUUUCCGCUGUAAAAAUCGCGGUUACAAUUCAUCCAGAUGAUGGUCGAGUGGUAGAAGUAAAAGUGAAAUCGCAACUCAACCCGAAUCCGCGAAAUUCUAUAUUCUUUAUGCAAAAUGCCUUUUUGGUAAAACACAUUAUGAACAAAAUGCAGAUGAGCAAUCUGAUGUUGUCCCUGGGAAUCUGUUUUGAUAUGCUGUCCUUAUUACAUCAAGUUCAAAUGAUUAUGGAGAAGUGCAUUGACUUCGUCUACGAUUUUGUCAAGGCCCAAAGGGAAUUUAAAACAUUAAAAAUGGACAGCGAUGGUGUGGUCCAGUUCAACAUAAUGCACACGAAUCCACCAAUAUUUUGGUCUAUGCAGUUCCAAAUGUCGUCCCCAGAAACCAUUCUACAAGAUUCAUUAAAAGUCUCGUCAAAAUGGUCCCCAAUUAAUAAGACGCAUUUUGAGUCAAUUUUCUUAAACGUUCAGCCUGGAACUGAUUGCAUCAAACAAGUUGCAAUUGAUGUAUUUGAAUUUUUUAAGAGGACUGAAUUGCGUAAAUUGAAAUGCAAUAGUUAAAGUCUAUAUCCUAAGGUCUAAACAAAUAUCGAAGAGCUUCUGUAAAAUUGCAUGGUUGUAUUAUUUUGUUAGAUUUGUAUUGUUGAUUUUAUUAGAUAUGAUAUUAUGAAUAUAAAUUAAAAUAAAAUAGUUUGAUGCAUAGCUGUUAAAAGUCCAGAUUUCCCAAGAGCCAAAUAGUAUGUGAAGUGUAUUAUCAAAGGAGUAUUUUGAUGAAAAAUUACCAAAUUAUCUCAUUAUAUCGGUUUACCAAUUA